AUGAGCUCGCCGAAGAAGACCGACGCUGCAGCAGAGGGGAAGACCUCCGCCGAGAUAGAUACUCUCUCUAUCCCCGAGUACCGCGAGCGUCACAAAGCAAAGCGUGACGCUCUUGCUGCCAAGGCUGCGGCGGGGACAACUCAACCGGAGAUUGUCCUCGAAGGUUCCUCUGUAGUCAACGACGCUGUUGACUACGGGGACUGCGACGUGGAGAUGGAAGAGGGCGAGGCCUCUUCAAGCAUGCGCAAGGAGUCUAUCGACAGCGAUAGUCUCGACCCGCAUGCCGGGUCGAGACGCCCUCGUGAAGGAGACGACUCGGACGCUUCGAGUUUGAAGCGUUCGCGCGGCGAGAGCGACACUCCGCUCUCUGCUGCUGGGGCUUUAAGCUCCCCGUCGCGCGAUCCGUGGAUACCGUCUGCGUCAGAGAUCGCAGACCGUGUGGGCAACACUGUGCCUCCUAAUGAUAUCCCGCUAUACGUAUGCAGCGGCAUCCACGACGAUGCUGUGGCGGAGGAGCAGCACUUUGACCCGGUAACGAAUCAAAGGCGCGAUUAUUAUAUCGGGCUCUUCCACGAGCUCCGGUACGUCUCCAGCAAGAAGACCUCUUCUCGCAGCAAAGUGCCUGAGUGGCAGGCACUUCGUCAAAGUUGGAAUGCUUUUGUUGAGAACUUCAACAAGAAACCGGCUGCUUACCGCGAGCGGGUUAAGCAUGCCCGUGAGCGCUUCGAGACAUUCUCGACGCGCGGGCGGCUGGAGCAGCUCCACAGAUCCUCUGUGGACGCUAGUAUUCCAUGCGCUGUGCCCGAAGGCCAACAGUGCACGUUGUGGCUUCCGAUUGCGGCGCGCUUGAGCGACCGCGACCCAAACGGGUACACGACGAUUCGUGUACCUCGCUCGCUCUACCUUCGCACUGGCAGCGCGUGGUGA